UCUUAUGCUUAUUUCCUCACACCCACAUACAUACAUACAUACAUACAUUCAAAACAAAAAUAAUAGUCAUGGCUAAGUUUGCUUCCAUCAUCACCCUUCUCUUCGCUGCCCUUGUUCUCUUUGCCACUUUUGAAGCACCAACAAUGGUGGAAGCGAAGUUGUGCGAGAGGCCAAGUGGGACAUGGUCUGGUGUUUGUGGAAACAAUAAUGCGUGCAAGAGUCAGUGCCAGCGACUUGAGGGAGCACGACAUGGAUCUUGCAACUAUGUCUUCCCUGCUCACAAGUGCAUCUGCUACUUCCCUUGUUAAUCUACCCAAAAUUCAUUAGAUGGUUAAUACUGCGCGUGUAUUUUACAUAAAAUAAGUCUGUUUCACCAUCCAUGCGUGAUUUUAUGACAUGUAUCAGAUAUGUUUAUGUUGGUUUGGUUAUAGUAUAAAGUUUUAUAUACCACAAAAUCACCCGUCUAUA